UCCAGCAAAUCGAAAGUUUCCUCGAGUAGCGUACUUAAAAACAAGCGGGGGGGACACAGAAGGCUUCAAACCCCGCAGUCUCAAAUUUGUGGUGCGCGCUAAUAUAACCGAAUGAAGGCUUGGGGUGCAGUUGUAGGCUGUCUUUAGAGGAUACAGAGUCUCCCCCUCCCUCCCUCCUAGUAGUUAUUUAUAGGGUUUUUAAAGGUAAGUGAAGCGUACGUCGCGAUGAGGGCUAGUGGCUUGCUAGUGUGCGUCCUCUCUCUGUGGGUGGACGGGUCCCUGUGUGACACACCUGCCAACUGCUCGUACGAGGACUUACUGGGAACGUGGGUUUUCCAGGUGUCUAAAGGAGGCCACGACAAAAACGUGAACUGUUCCAAUGAAGCCACGGGUGUAAAACUGGUGACCGUGACCCUGGAGAAGCUGUCUGUAGCCAGAGACGACAUGGGGAACACCGGCUUUUUCACACUCAUCUACAACCAGGGCUUCGAAGUGGUCAUCAACGAUUACAAAUGGUUUGGCUUCUUCAAGUACUCUGAGGAGGGUUCAAAGGUGACUAGCUACUGUGACCAGACUCUGCCAGGGUGGGUCCAUGAUGUCCUGGGACGUAACUGGGCAUGUUUUGUAGCUAAAAGGGUAGAACCAAUACCCCCACGGACAGAGUACAAGGCCCUUUUCCAAAGCACAGACCGCGGCCUGCUUGAGCGGCAGUACAAACACAACCCUGAGUUCAUUGAAUCCAUCAACGCUGUUCAGAGUUCCUGGAAGGCUGUCCACUACCCAGAACAUGAGCUAUACACUCUGAAGGACCUGUACUUCAGAGCUGGUGGUCCUGCCUCCAACAUCCCCCUUCGAAUUCAGCCCUCUGCGGUGAGAGCUGGUGUAGCAAAGAUGGCCGCAGCACUACCUGAGCACUGGGACUGGAGGAACGUCAAUGGUGUCAACUUUCUUAGCCCUGUCCGAAACCAAGAAUCAUGUGGUAGCUGCUACUCCUUUGCCACGAUGGGGAUGCUGGAGGCUCGCAUCAGAAUCCUAACCAACAACACAGUGACUCCCAUCCUCAGUCCACAGCAAGUUGUCUCCUGUUCCCAAUAUUCCCAAGGUUGUGAUGGCGGUUUCCCCUACCUGAUUGGAAAGUACACCCAGGACUUUGGCAUUGUGGAGGAGUCAUGCUUCCCGUAUACUGCGAACAAUUCUGUGUGUGCCCUUCCUCAGAGCUGUGGCCGACUGUACACAGCUGAAUACAGCUAUGUCGGUGGGUUUUAUGGAGGCUGCAGUGAGACGGCAAUGAUGCUAGAACUAAUCAAGAAUGGACCCAUGGCAGUGGCAUUUGAGGUAUACCCUGACUUCAUGCAUUAUACGGAGGGCAUCUACCACCACACAGACCUCAGAGACAUCUACAACCCCUUUGAGCUGACCAACCAUGCUGUGCUUCUGGUGGGCUAUGGCAGAUGUCACAUGACUGGGCAGAAGUACUGGAUUGUCAAAAACAGCUGGGGCGCUGGCUGGGGAGAGGGGGGCUUCUUCCGGAUUCGCAGGGGAGUUAACGAGUGUUCCAUUGAGAGCAUUGCAGUGGCAGCCAAGCCGAUCCCCAUGCUGUAGAAGUGUUAAACUGGGAAACCAUGUAGCAGGGAGAAUAUUGCACAAAUCGAAAUAUUCAAUAGAUCGUUCCUUUCCUGAUUUUUAUACAUUUUAGACUUCCCGUGCCUGCUCAGGAGCAAUAUCACUGCUGAAAGCACAUUUUAAAACUUUGGCGCUUCCAUACCAAAUAAUGUGUGUGUGUGUGUGUGUGUGUGUGUGUGUGUGUGUGUGUGUGUGUUUGCGUGCGCGCGUGUACAUGUUUUUUUGCUUGUUUAAGAUCAUGUAGAGUCAUACAAAAGCCACAGCCCUGUGUGCAAUGGAACAGUGACCAUGAAUUGUUUAAUGUCUAUAUUUGAAUGGUCAGAUCCCGACAUAAAUGUUCAUAGGAUCCCGACAUAAAUGUUCAUAGUGCACUCUUUGGCUCACACUAGGUUAAGGAUCACCCAGCUAGCUGGAGGGCCAAACAUAACUGUGGAUUAAAUAUUUAGAAAAAUUAUAAUCCCUGUUAAAAGUAACAAAGGCAAUUCUAGCUUCUGCUGAGACUCUGAAAUAAGAUUUAAAUAAGCCUGCUUCAAUCAAAAGCAUUGCCUCUGCCUUUUACCGGAAUCAAAACAUUGGAAAAUGCAAUUGUCCUCUCAAAUGGUCCAAUGAGUCUUGAUCAGAGAGAGAGAGCUACUUUGCAGUUGUGUUUUUGUGCCUCCUUAAAGCAUUAUCUGACAAGGGACAAGGCCAGAGCUUGUUCGCUAUGAACAAGAUCUGCUUUGAGACAGAUUUCAUUAUAGCUUGCAUGACUUGAAUAAGCACUAAUCUUUUGACAGGGAAAUGGAUGGUGUGCAUCAAGAUGUAAUUGUAGAUGCAAUCUUGACUUGAGUUUUAAGAAACUAGAUACAUAAUUCAUACCAGCCAGUAGAUUGUAUGGAGAAACAUCUAAAGGGAAUGUGCAUGUGUAGGGUUGUAGGUUACUUUUUUUUUUUUAAUUGUGUUGACUGCUUGUCAGACUAAGGACCCAUACACUGGUUCAUCUCAGGGCAGUGCAGUAGAGUUUUUGCGAUUGCAUCAACUUUUUGAGAUCAGUUUGAUACCUUUUUUGACUGCUAUAAUUCCUGGUGAGGCUCUGAUUUGAGGUCUCUAAGGAACAUAUCCAAGGGAUUUCUUUUUUUUAAUUAAAGGUCUUAUUAAACUGUU